AUACCAGUACAGGGUAGAUUUUCGUUUGAUUCCUUUCUAAAAGAGAUACUGUAAGUCUAUUUGCACCCAAUACACGUUUUAUUCAAUCUUUUUAGUUCUUCUUUUUAAUUCAAAAAUGGCUCUCCGUUUGAUCACUAAGAACGCUUCAGCUGCUGCCCUUGCUCGCCCUGCUUUAUAUGCUUCUCGUCAAUCUUUGAGUGCCACUGCUGUUCGCCACUACACUACUCAAAAAGAAGUUGAACCCAAGGAAAAGGCCAACAGUAUCAUCAACGCUCUUCCCGGUAACUCUCUUGUUUCCAAGACUGGUUACCUUACUUUGGGUACUGGCUUAGCUACCUUCAUGAUCUCCAAGGAAAUCUAUGUUCUCAAUGAAGAAACUUUGGUCUUGAUUGCCUCUACUGGUCUUCUUGGUGUCUUACUCAAGUACCUUAGAGAACCCUUCACCAACAUGGCCAAUGAACACAUUGCUCGUAUUAAGAACAUCUUGGUCCAAGCUCGUGAAGACCACAAGAGUGCUGUUCAAGAACGUAUUGACCAAGUAGGACAAAUGAAGGAUUUGGUUGAUGUCACAAAGGCUCUUUUCGCUCUUUCUCGCGAAACUGCUCAAUUGGAAGCUGAAGCUUUUGAAUUAAAGCAAAAAGUUGCUGUUGCUUCUGAAGUUAAGACUACUUUGGAUUCUUGGGUUCGUCAUGAAGCCAACCUUCGUGAACGUGAACAAAAGCAAUUGGCUGCUUAUUUGAUUGAAAAGAUCAACAAGGACUUGCAAGACCCUAAGAUUCAACAACAAAUUCUCGAACAAGCUAUUGUCGAUGUUCAAAAAAUUGCAAAGACUCAUUAGAUCCCCAUUUUAUUAUUAAAUUUUGUAAAAAAAAAAAAGAGAACUAAAGUUGUUGAAAAAUUAUUUUUUUAUUUUUUUU